AUGGCUCGCACUUUGCUUUUCUUGUGGAUCCUGGUGCCUGUCACUGGGAAGUGGUGCAACGUGGAUGGGUCAAAAUGUCGAGGACGUUGGAAUGAGCUUGAACGAUUUUUUCCACUCAACUUAGCAAAUGAUUGGUAUGGCUUCUCAUACCCAGUCGAUUGGGACGGAGACGGACGAGUGGAUGUGAUUGAUGUGAUUCAUGCUGAGACCAACUACGCCAGGGUCCCUGAUGGCCCUCAUGGUACGGUCAUGGAUGGGAAGAGAAGGCGGAUCACCUUCCUGUACCUGCAGUUUGUCAAUGUUCUAACCUGCAAGAUGAUUCAGGAGCGCGACAGUGAUUACCACGGCCUGGUGUUUUGCACCAACAGCGGUGUUUUGGGCCAUGGCAGCGGAAUGGACACGGCGCUGCAGGUUGCCCAACGCUUGACGACCUUGCGCUUGGAGGAUGCGAGUGCCUCCUCGGCGGAGGACAAGGAGAUGAUCGACGCUCGCGUUCGCUCGAGCUCUGGUGGCUUCGAAGCCACCAACGGCUUCGUGCGUAUGGCCUUGCGUGAAGCCUCAGAGCAGGCGCAAGGGUCCUUCGAAAAUGACUUGUCCAAAGUGGGUGCUUUGGACUCUGAUUGCAGCGGCCACUUCGCCCAAUUUCUCCAGCUGCGCAGCGAAACGUCUGUGAACCAUCCCUGGCCGGUGAUCGACCGAGAGGAGAAUCUUUAUCAGAUGACUGCAAAAGGUUUGUUUGCCUUCAACUCUCGAGGUGAACGGCUUUGGCACUACGCGACGCCCGGGGAAUCGACCAACGAGCCGUGCUUGAGCGGCGAGCUGCUCUUGGGCUCGACCAGAACGGGGUGGAAUGCCUUUGCGGUUGACCGGCUCACUGGCAAAGAGCUUUGGGUGAGCUCUGUGGCUGACAGUGCAGGAAGCGAGUGCGGAUAUCCCAACGCCUACGACGCUUGGGAAAUGCGCAACGGAUCCGUGGACGGGGAUGGUGUCUUUGUGAUGGGUGCAGUCCACAACUACGAGUUCGGUGCCGAUGACGGCAACCGGCGGAUCUAUGCCUUGAACGUGUCGGAUGGCAAGAAGUUGUUCCCUGGUGAUGGUACCGUCGUCUUCAUGGACUUUGCCGGCGGCGUCUACCGGCUGAAGCUCACCACCGGCGAGGAGAUCUGGAGGCUCCAAGAUGUCAUUUUGAAGCAAUUCUCGGCUGAGGAUGGUGGGGCCGGCUUGGGCGAAAAUAUGGUCUACACCUGCAGCAACUACCUGAAUGGCACCGGCCGCCAAAAUUCCAGCGGUAUUAUCCGGGCCUUUCACCUCCACGACGGCCGCGACGAAGUUUGGUCCCAGAUCACCAUGCCCUGCAACAGCUACCCUGCCAUUGGCCAUAUCUCUGGUUUUGACGGAGAAUCGGUGGUCGUGACGCCAGGCGCCUUCAUGGGCGUUUCGGAGAACAGAGGCUCUGUCAUCGCCUUUGAUGCCCUGACCGGGGAAGAACAUUGGAGAGGACUGGAAGUCGAAGCGAUGGAUGGAUGGGGUGCUGGGGAAAUGGAGGGUCUGGAGAUCCGCAGGGCGGAAGGUGUCCAACCGUGGUGCGGCCCUGCGCAGUGGAGCGCUCCGAUGGUUUUCAGUUGUGGCAUGGUGGCCGUGGGCCGCAGCGAUGGCAAGCAAUAUGGCCCAAAUGCCAGUUGGACUGGCCCCCGAACGCCCGGCAUGACGGUCGCUGGGUCGCAUUGGCUGAGAGCCUCUGAAGACAAACAAGGGAAGUCAAUGAAAGUGGAAGUUAGGCAAGUGCAACUUGCUCCCGCCCUUUUGGCCGCUGGAAAGCGGGUCUGGUACAAUGGCCUCCUCGGGCAGGCUCAGAGGUGGUCACCCAGCAUGCCAUAUGGCCGUGUCGCUCAGGCCACCCCGAUGGGCUCAGCGUUCCUGCACGGCGCGUUGGCCGCUGCACCGAAGAUGCUGGCAGUCUCCACGUAUGCGUUGCCCAGGGCAAAGGUUCGAGGCGCCUUUUGUUUCUUGAUCAACCUUGCAUGCAAGGCUCCGGUCAGUAUGCUGCAAAGUCCCGUGCCAGUGGACCGCUUCGCGCUUGACGUUUACCCCGCCACCUCGGAGCUUUCCUUGGCCAUGUGCAAUGUCAUUUGUGCCGUUCCGUCCAACAUGGUCACCCGGAGCCCGCGGAGCCCGGGCUUUCAUGUACGUGCAGCAUCCUGGGAAGCCUUUGCAGCCAUCAGACAGACAGCUCGCGAUGAUGCCUAUUUUGCAGGAUGCGAGACCCAGCUUCUGCGUGACUACCACAAGUGGCGCCCUUCCACGCUGGCUGCCAUUUGCAUUCAUUUCUCUCGCCUGCGGCCUUCAGAGCACAAGCCUACAGAGAAGUUUCUACAGCGCAUCCUAUGGAGAGCUGAUCGAUUGAUUUAUGAUCUUGCCGGUCGAGAACUCCUUUCUUUGCUCGAGGUUUUCGCCCUCAGAGGCCUACGAGAGCAUGAUCCCAGGCGUCCGGACUUGUUCAUUGAGGCAGUUCCACGUCUUCAAAAGGAGGUUUGGGACUUCGGACUGAGCGACGUGCGGCGAAUUGCAGCACUCUACAAGCAGUUGAACCUCCGCCAUGAAGGGCUCUUCGAGGCUCUGGGACAACGACUGGAGGAGUUGUUGGAGGAGACUCGAACAAGCGUCCAAAAGCAGAAUACUCAACUUACAAGACAGAAGAGGGCUCCUGCAGGAACAGCUGCUUCAGCUGCUGUGAUGACCUUCCUUGGAGCUUGUGGUCGGCUCAACAUUGUACCACUCCAGGCGCAGAAUUUGCUGGAGGUGGUUGGGCCAACUGCUCGGGCCAAGAAGGACUUGCCACGCCUUGCAGCGCUGGCGCAGCUGGCCGCCAAGUUUGGCUGUGCCGACACAGGAGAAGCCAACCGCAUCCUGCUGUUUGUGAGUGCAGCCUUUGAAGAAGCAGUUCCAGAUCUUCCGACUCGGAAAGGUUAUGCAUCUCAAGCGGUGUAUGGCCAGCUAUUGCUGGCUCUGAUCUUUGAUGAAUCUCGAUGUGAAAUCCGAGACAGAACUUUGGUGGCUUCGGUGCAAGCCGUAUUCGCAACGUUUGGUUCUGCACUGGAUUCGCUGGAUGAACGAUUGGCACGACAACUGCAGGUGGUGGAUCUGGCAUGUCGGGUAGAGCGACCUGGCGUGCUCGAGAUUUUGGAGACCAAGGGGCUGACUCCUUUCUUGGAAGGCGUGAAGAGCUUGGAGGAAAUCCCUUCAGUACUGCCCAAGUGCUCAUCACAACAGCAUUUACAGGUCUCUGGAGUUCUUCAAGAGUUGGGCGUGAAACAUCGAAUGGAGGAGAAGCUACAACCCUACAUAGCCGAUGUUCGCUUAACGCGACGGCAGAGGCUUAUAGAGAUUGAUGGACCCUUGCAUUUUGUCGGUGGCUCCAAGCGCUACGACAUGAAGACCUCGCUGAAGCAUCGCUUGUUGACCAAGCAGGGUUGGGAUGUACACCAUAUUGCAUGGAAUGAUUGGCCUGUGCAACAUCAUAGCAGACUGAACUACGUGGCUAGGCUCCUGAGAAGUUCCGCACCAGGCACACACCUGACCGAGUAUCAGCAGCUUCCGCCUUGGUCUCCGGACUCUUCGGAGACCCAAGGGUCCGCGAGUGCUGGAGACCACCUUGCAAUUGACAGCAGAAGACCAUCACCUGAGUUGGUGGACUUGGAAGGAUGA